AUGGUUAUGAUUUAUUUAAAAACAAAUAAACAAAGACAAUUAGCAGGAUAUAUUGAAAAUGAUGAAAUACACACACAUGAACAACAAGAUGGUGAUAGUUCAAGUUCAACAAAUACAAAUCCAAUACCUGAAAAUUCAGAAGAAACUGAAGAAGCAGAUAACACAAAAUCUGUUAGUUCAACAACUACAACUACAAGAACUUUUUUUGAAAGUUCAUCACAUGUAAAAGAUGUAACAAUACCUGAAGUAAAUGAAGAUUCAAAAGAAACUGAAGAAGUAGCUAACACACAAUCUGUUAGUUCAACACAAGCACAAGAACAAAACGGUGAUGAUAUUUCAAGUUCAACAACUCAACCUGUAGAACAACAUGAUAGUUCAACAAAUACAAAUCCAACACCUGAAAAUUCAGAAGAAAUUGAAGAUGCAGAUAAAACAAAAUCUGAUAGUUCAAGACAAACGCAAGAACAACAAGAUGGUGAUAGUUCAAGUUCAACAAAUACAAAUCCAAUACCUGAAGUAAAUGAAGAUUUAGCAGAAAUUGAAGAAGUAGAUAAAACACAAUCUGAUAGUUCAAUACAAACACAUGAACAAGAACCAGGACAAACAGAACAAUCUGAAGAAGAAUUUAUAUUACCAAAUCCAGAAGAAACUGAAGAAGCAGAUAACACAAAAACUGAUGGUUCAACACGAACACAAGAACAACAAGGCGAUGAUAUUUCAAGUUCAACAACUCAACCUGUAGAACAAACUGAUAGUCCAACAAAUACAAAUCCAAUAUCUGAAUCAAAUGUAGAUUCAGAAGAAACUGAAGAAGUAGAUAACACAAAACCUGAUGGUCCAACACAAACACAAGAACAACAAGGCGAUGAUAUUUCAAGUUCAACAACUCAACCUGUAGAACAAACUGAUACUCCAACAAAUACAAAUCCAAUAUCUACUUUAGAUAGUUCAGGUCAAACACAAGAACAAUCAGGAAAAACUCCAACACAAGAUCAAACACCAGGACAAGAACAACCUGAUAGUUCAGUUCAACAACAUGGACAAACACAACAAGAUUUAUCUACACAACAUGAAACAACAUAUAUAUAUCAAGGCGAAGAAAAAACAAUUAAUUUACCUUCUUGA